UAACCAUUUGGGUAUUUUUAAGAGCAGUAUGAUCACAACAAUAACAAAUACAAAUAUUGAUCAUGAAAACAAUUCGUUUGAUUAGGAUAAGGAUGCCAAAGAAUUCCUGCGCAUUAAUUUUGCUCCUCCGCCUUCUUCUUGGCAACAGUCUUCCUCCAUGUUCUUCAAGUUUCGAUCCAGUGGUCACUCUCCUAUUUAGGCAAGAGUCUUUGUACUUUGAUCACCGAUCCUUUUCCUGUACCUUCUGUUGGGUAACACCACGACCAGCAUCAUUACCGGAAGUCGAAGUACCGCUGCUCUUGUUCUACCUUCGAGUUCGUUCCGGAUCAAGCACAUCGACGCCUCAGCACACCUUGCCCAGGCAUCGCGCCAUGGCGAAGAACUGACGUACUGAUUUCAAAGACCCAAUCCCAGACUAAGACUUGUAGCAGCGCUGGAUUAGCUCAGUCCUUCUCAGUACCGGCCGGACCUUGUUCAUGCGCAAACGGGUGAAGUUGAGACUUGAAACUCCCCAGCAAAUCUAUUCAUUUGCUUGCUAGAUUUGCCGUCACUUCCCGAGGCAGUAAGAAGUAGGAAAAAAAAAAGCCAGAAGCCUCCAUCAAUCAAGAGCUGUUUGAGGUACAUUCUGCGAGAGGAAAGAAUGUGAGAGGCGGAAAAAACCCAUCUUUUCAAAGCAGAAAAGUACAGAGAUCUGCUUAAAGACUGCUUUUUCCAAGGCCACCCGUCCACUCAAGCAAUGCUCUCUUGGAAGACCAAGCAAUGCUUAUUUCAAUUAAAGAUUCCACAUUUCUUAGCUAUCAAACCAUCACAAUCUCUUACUUUUCAUUGCUCCCACUGGAUAUGUUUGCCAGAUUUAUCACAGUGCUGUACAGUGGUAGCUUAGGAUGGCAGUUGGCAGCUUUAUGACGUAGCAGAAGAACCAGGGUCCCUUCUUUUACCCCGCAGGGACUCGUGAGACCUAUCCUCUAUAGAAUCCCAUCGACCCUUUUGGUUCCUCUCGGGUGUCGGACUCCAUGCAAGGACUGUUGGAGGGGGUUCCAGCAAUGGAGAUGGGUUCCAGCUCGGUUGGGGUCUCCGGGGCCUCCUCUGGCUCCAGCGACUCCCUCCAUGGGCUCAAGUUCGGGAAAAAGAUCUACUUUGAGGAUGGUGGUGGGAACUCCUCCAAGGAUGCCCUGGCUCCGGCUUCUGUGGCGGCGCCACCGCCUCCACCGACGAAGAAAAUGAGAGGGGUUGUGAAGGGUGGGCUGCAGCAGCCUCCUAGGUGUCAGGUAGAUGGCUGCAAGGUGGAUCUCACUGGGGCGAAAACUUAUUACUGUAAGCAUAAGGUCUGUGGGAUGCAUUCAAAGGCACCAAAAGUGACUGUUGCAGGCUUGGAGCAGAGAUUUUGCCAGCAGUGCAGCAGGUUUCACCAAUUACCUGAAUUUGACCAAGGAAAACGCAGUUGCCGCAGACGGCUGGCAGGCCAUAAUGAACGUCGAAGGAAGCCACCACCUCCUGGGCCAUUUGCAUCACGCCACUGUCAUCAUACACCAUCCUUCCAUGAACUUGGCAGAGCCAGAAGCUUUCCAGUUGAUUUUAGCUGCCCGAGGUUUUCAACUACCACACGAGAUGUUUGGCCGACCAUUGCGCCUGGUGAUUGGGUGGCUGGCAACCACUGUCUCGGAGUCUUAUACCCUCUAUCAAGUGGAGCCGUGGUGCAUGGGGCUCAUCCUUGUAUGCAUGGACAUCUAGAGGGGCCCCUCUACUCCAUCACUAAACCUCCGCUCCGUGAUUGUCUCUCAGGAGCCUCAGACUCCAGCUGUGCUCUCUCUCUUCUGUCAACCCAGCCAUGGAAUCACAACACUGCCAGGAACCAGGUUCCGACUAUCUCGGUAAGCAGUUGCUUGGACGGCACCCCAAUGGCUCGGUCGACCGUAUCAGAUAAUUGCAUGACAACAUCAUGGGGUUUCAUUGGUCAUGGAGGCAGGCCUAACCCUCAGAAUAUCCAACACAUCGCCAGCGGGGUGGGUAGAGUGGCUGAGGUUGGUGAUGGUCAGAUUUCCGGCAUGCUAGAAUUAGCUCGGCAUGGCGACGGGCAGUGCCUCCACGGCUCAAGUGGAACAGCAUAUGAUGAAUCCGGUCAGGUGAUGCGCUGGUCUCUGUAGAACAUCCCUUGUCUGCCUUCUCUUGGAGCUAUCAAGCAUGUGUUUUGGAUGUGGACUUGCAAUCUUUUUGUAUUUUGGGAAGAAUAGUGUGGUAAUUAAUGCAAAACAAUUGGAUGUUCACAAGUAUGUUUGUGUCUCAACUUA